AUGUCCAAGACCAAGGUUUCCACCAAGGCUGACAAGCCCGUCAAGGCCAAGGACGCUGGUGUCACCAAGACCAAGACUGUCACCAAGAAGGUCGUUGCCAAGGACGACAAGUCCAAGAAGAACAAGAAGAAGGAGCCUACUCCCUCCAGCUCUUCUGAGUCCGAGUCUGAGUCCGAGAAGGACUCUUCCUCCAGCUCCGAGAGCGAGGAGGAGAAGCCCGCUCCCAAGAAGGCUGCCAAGAAGGAGACCAAGAAGCCCACCAAGAAGGAGGAGUCUUCCUCUGAGUCUUCCUCCGACGAGGAGAUGAAGGAUGGUUCCAGCUCUUCCGAGAGCGAGUCUGAGGAUGAGAAGCCCGCUCCCAAGAAGACCGAGAAGAAGGUUGAGAAGAAGGUUGUCGAGAAGAAGGCUGAGUCUUCUGACUCCUCCGACUCCUCUGACUCCGAGUCCGAGGAUGAGAAGCCCGCCACCAAGAAGGCUGAGAAGAAGGCCGAGUCCUCCGACUCCGACUCUUCUGACUCCUCUGACUCCGAGUCCGAGGAGGCUUCCAAGGAUGAGAAGAAGGACUCUUCCGACUCUGACUCCUCCGACUCCUCCGACUCUGACAGCGAGGAGGAGAAGCCCUCCAAGAAGCGCAAGGCCGAUGAGGAGCCUGUCGCUGCCGCUAAGAAGACCAAGACCGAGGAUGCCCCCGAGGGUGCCUCUGCCAACCUGUUCGUCGGUAACCUGUCCUGGAACGUUGAUGAGGACUGGCUCCAACAGGAGUUCAGCCCCUUCGGUGAGCUCUCUGGCUGCCGUGUCGUGACCGACCGUGAAUCUGGCCGCUCCCGCGGUUUCGGUUACGUCGAGUACACCAACGCUGCCGAUGCCGCCAAGGCUAUGGCCGCUAAGAAGGGUACCGAUCUCGAUGGCCGUCCCGUCAACCUUGACUACGCCGUCGCCCGUGACAACAAGCCCCAGGGCGAGCGCACCCAGAACCGUGCCCGCUCCUUCGGUGACUCCACCAGCCCCGCUUCCGACACUCUCUUCGUUGGCAACCUUCCCUUCAGCGCUUCCGAGGAUGCUCUCCGUGACUCCUUCGGUGAGCACGGUGGUAUCCUCGGCAUCCGCCUGCCCACUGACCCCGAGUCUGGCCGCCCCAAGGGUUUCGGUUACGUCCAGUACUCCUCCGUUGAGGAGGCCCAGGCUGCUCACAGUGCCAUGAACGGCUUCGAGCUCGAGGGCCGCGCUCUGCGUCUGGACUUCAGCACCCCUCGCCCUGCCAACGGUGGCGGCGGUGGUUUCGGCGGUGGCCGUGGUGGUGGUGGUGGCUUCGGUGGUCGCGGUGGUGGUGGCCGUGGUGGUGGUCGCGGUAGCUUCGGCGGCCGUGGCGGUGGUCGUGGUGGUGGCCGUGGCGGCUUCGGUGGUGGCCUUAACAAGGCCAAGGGAUCCAUCCCUGAGUUCAAGGGUACCAAGAUCUCCUUCUAA